CUCUGAGGAGUCCGAGAAGUUGAAGAGUUUAAGUGGGUGGGGAAAUUAAAACAUAACGGUAACAAUGAGUCCCUCCUCUGUUUACUAAGCCGUUUUAACUACGACGAAAGCCGCUCUCCGUGUAUAAAGGCAGACGAUCCUCAUGUAACCCUGCUAACAAUAAAGAAACCCGGGUUUUGAACACUUUUCUUAGCUACCGCAUUUAAAGAGACAGCGCCGGGGCUUUCGAAAAGCAUCAUGGCGGACUCCAGCACCAAUGGCCUCACAUCUCUCGCGCGGGCUUUGUCACAACCAUCUCUGGAUCUGAUAGAAGUUAAUGAUGUUUCCCCUCCACGAAGUCUUCAGCUUCAUCCAGGACGAAGGAGAAAGUUGUCCAGUUGCAACUCGAUUGAGAACGCCGACCUGGUAACCUCACCUUGCGCCGCGGAGGCGCGGGUCCUCGUUAUCAAUACUGGAGGAACUAUCGGCAUGACUCUUCAUGAAGACGUUCUUGCCCCACAAGCCAAUGCUUUUGUGAAGAGCCUGCGUAAGCUGCCCAUCCUCCAUGAUGAGACAUAUGCUCACCAGACCCGCAUGUAUGAAUACUAUGGAUCUGACACCUUGGUCCUGCCGAAGCCAGCGCCCCAUCCCGACCUGCACUUUCACGGACUGAGUAAACAAAAUAAGAGGAUAGUCUACACUAUCUUGGAGUACAAUCCUUUAUUGGACUCUUCCAAUAUGACCACAGAUGACUGGGGUAGAUUUGGAAAGGACAUUGAGAGAAACUAUGAAAGCUACGAUGGUUUUGUGAUUCUUCAUGGCACAGACACUAUGGCUUACACAGCCUCUGCCCUGUCCUUUAUGUGUGAGCAUUUGGGCAAACCGAUCAUUCUCACGGGCUCACAGGUACCCAUCUAUGAGAUGAGGAAUGAUGGCAGAGACAAUCUACUUGGGGCAUUACUAAUUGCUGGACAAUUUGUCAUUCCUGAGGUGUGCCUGUAUUUCUACAACAAACUCUACAGAGGGAAUCGUGUGACCAAAGUGGAUGCUGGGAGCUUCAAUGCAUUCUCAUCUCCUAACUUGGCCCCCUUGGCCACUGCUGAAGUGGAUAUUACAAUCAACUGGGAUACAGUGUGGAGGGCAAACACCACAGCAAAGUUUCAAGUCAAGACUGAGCUGAACCGCAACGUAGGCCUGCUUAGGCUAUUCCCAGGAAUCACUGCGUCUACUGUAAAGGCUUUCCUGCAGCCACCCAUGGAAGGAGUGGUCCUGGAAACCUACGGCAGCGGAAAUGCCCCCGAUAACCGCCCUGAUCUCCUGGAACAGUUAAAGAAAGCCACUGAUGCCGGUGUCAUCAUCAUCAACUGCACGCAGUGUCUGAGGGGGUCGGUGUCUACAUCCUACGCCACUGGCAAGGUCUUGAUAGAAGCCGGCCUGAUAGCAGGAGGCGACAUGACUCCAGAGGCUGCGCUGUCAAAACUGUCCUACGUAUUGGCCAAGAAGGAGCUUGCUCUGGAGGCGAAGAAAAAGAUGAUGGCAGAGAACCUGCGAGGUGAAAUGAUCGCUGACUUGGCAGGAGCCAAACUGUGCCUGAGUGACAGCCGUUUCAUCCAAGUCAUUGCCAAGUCUCUAAGCGUCAGCUGCAAAGAGGAGCUGGAAGCCAUCCGAGAUGCUCUGACUCCCACGCUGGCAUGCGCCGCUGCUAAGAUCGGUGACAUUGAGGCCUUAAAAGCCCUAAAAGAAAUGGGCAGUAACUUAUGUCUGGUGGACUACGAUGGACGCACACCCCUUCAUGUUGCUGCCUGUGAGGGCCACCUCAAAAUGGUGCAGUACCUACUGAGUCAUGGAGCUUCGGUCCACACUAAAGAUCGCUAUGGCGACACACCCCUAUGCAAUGCUGUGCGUUUCAGACACAAGGAAGUUGUGAAGCUGCUGAGAAAGACCGGAGCUCAUUUCUCCAGACAUGAGUUGGAGGAAGCAGGAACUGAAAUGUGCAGCCUGGCAGCCAAUGGUGACCUGGAUGGUCUGGAAAUCUGGAGCCUUGCUGGAGCAGACUUAAAUCAACCAGGCUAUGAUGGGCAGACUGCAAUUCAAGUGGCACAAGUUGUCAGCAAAAAGGAUGUGGUAGCAUUUUUGCUGCGACUCGAGAGCAAAAAAUCAAAGAAAGUAUUGGGUGAAUUUAAUGAUGAUGAUGAUGAUGAUGAUGAGGAAGAGAGCGGAGUGAUCCAAUUCAAGGCUACCCCACCGGCACUUUGAGCUGACGCUACCUGAACCAACAAUUGUCCUCUGCUGGCAUCCAUUUAACUGCUGAGGUGUUCUCUGCACAACGUCCGGCUACUUUUCACAAAAUUGCUCUCUUCUUGGAUGUCAUCUGAUUGCAUGUGUUCUUCAAAGCCAUCGCUGCUGCAGUCUUCCUCUCCAAAAAUAUUAAUAACACAAAAGACUGUGUAACUGCUGAGGGCAUGGUGCCCAGAGAAAAUAAGUGGAUGUAUGUACAUGAAGUUGUUGCAGACUUUUCUGUGUAUAAGGAAACUGGUUACAGUGCUGACUGUUUUAAUCAAAUGUUUUAUUUCUAUGUAUGUAGUAAAUGUGAUGUCCAAUUAGGGAAUUAUGCCAUUUGAGCAGAACCUAUAUAUAUAUACACAUGAACAUUACAAUAUAAAGUAAUAUUUUCUCCUUGUGUAGCAAUAUAUGUGUCAUAGCAUAAUAUCUGGACGUACAGGGUACAUUCACAGAUUUCUAUGCUGUUUCUUUUAUAGUGACAUGCUGCAAAAUCUCAGUUCAAAUGAUUCUAGGAUUUUUUUUUUUUAAUUUUAUUUUAUUUUUAUUUUGGAUGGUGUCCAAACUACCCAUGCAUUUUGAGCCAAAGUAUACCUCUGUUCCCAGAGCUUUUCAUUUCCUCCUGCUACAACAGGUAUUUCAGAAACCUGCAGUUUAAACCUUUGCAACUCAUCUAGCGUGUUUCUUGUUCUGAUUGUUGAGCCUGAAGUGUCACAUAUCUCUUUCUUUAAGAUGGAAAGGGGAAAUCCAGAGUAUUGUGUGAGACAUAAAUGCUUUAAAGUGUCACGGUUUCUGUUUUCCUUAAUGUGUUUUAAAUGUCUUUUCGCAUUCUUUACAUUUGUAAUCACAAAUGAAUGACAUUUACUUAUUCGUUACUUUAGUUAAACAUGAGGAAAUGUUAAACAUUGCUACUCCUGUUUGGUUUUCAGUAACGUUAAUACCAAUCUGGGCAAGAGUCAUUCACGUAAAUGUUUUGUGAUUACAUGUGUGUGCAUAUACAUCUUAGUUAUUUUAAAUGUAUCCUGUUGUUUCCAUUGCUGCUGUUGCCUCUGCUGCUGCAAAUCAGGAACUCUGGGAGAUUUAGUUUGUUCUGUGGAUGAAAAAAAGAGGCAGAAAUAAAUUUCUUCUUUCAGAGAAA